GAAAUGGGAGAGGUCGGGGUGUCGCCGUCUAUAGGCCGAGGUGGGGGCGGCGGUGAAGGUGACGGGGUCGGCCGGCGGGAGCAUGGCGGCGGCAGCGACGAGGCUGGGCUGGCGGCGCCCGGAGCUGUUGCGGGCUUUGACGUAUACAAGCCGUGGCUAUGCCUCACAACGUACUCUAAAUGAGGUGGUGAUAGCAAGUGCUGUGAGGACACCGAUUGGAUCUUUCCAAGGAUCUCUUUCGUCAUUGCCAGCCACUAAACUUGGUUCCAUUGCAAUUAAGGGAGCAAUUGACAGAGCAGGUAUCCCUGCAGAAGAAGUGAAAGAAGCGUAUAUGGGUAAUGUCUUGCAGGCUGGACAAGGACAAGCUCCAGCAAGACAAGCAGUCCUGGGUGCAGGUCUGCCGAUCCGCACUCCUUGUACAACUGUCAAUAAGGUCUGUGCUUCAGGAAUGAAAUCGAUCUUGAUGGCAGCACAAAGCCUGAUGUGUGGGAGUCAGGAUGUAAUGGUUGCAGGCGGAAUGGAGAGCAUGUCUAAUGUACCCUACACAAUGAGCAGAGGAUCAACACCUUAUGGAGGAGUAAAGCUAGAAGACCUGAUAGUAAAAGAUGGGCUCACGGAUGCUUAUAACCACAUCCAUAUGGGCAACUGUGCUGAGAAUACUGCAAAGAAGUUCACUAUUUCACGAGAGGAACAAGACACUUACGCCAUAGGCUCUUACACGAAGAGCAAAACAGCCUGGGAGUCAGGAAUAUUGACAAAUGAAAUAGUUCCUGUCACUAUUUCAAAAAAAGGAAAGCCAGACAUAGAAGUGAAAGAAGAUGAAGAAUACAAACGUGUUGAUUUUAGUAAAGUUCCAAAGCUGAAAACUGUUUUCCAGAAAGAAAAUGGAACAGUGACAGCUGCUAAUGCCAGUACUCUGAACGAUGGAGCAGCUGCUUUGGUGCUGAUGACGACAGAGGCCGCCAAGAGGCUGAAAGUCAAACCAUUGGCACGGAUAGUAGCUUUUGCAGAUGCUGCUGUUGAUCCCAUUGACUUCCCAAUUGCACCUGCACAUGCUGUUCCCAAGAUUCUAAGUGAGGCAGGCAUUAAAAAAGAAGAUAUUGCAAUGUGGGAAAUCAACGAAGCGUUCAGCGUUGUGGUGCUGGCCAAUAUUAAAAUGCUGGGUAUCGACCCACAAAAGGUGAACAUUCACGGAGGCGCCGUCUCUCUUGGACAUCCCAUAGGAAUGUCUGGAGCAAGAAUUGUUGCCCACAUGGCUCAUGCAUUGAAGCAGGGACAAUAUGGUCUUGCAGGAAUUUGCAAUGGAGGAGGAGGUGCUUCUGCAAUACUGAUAGAGAAGUUGUAGGUCCCAAUGGUGUUGGAAACAGCCUUAAGCACCCUCUGAUCCAAACGGAGUGGUACCUGUUACAUCUUAUUUAUCAAUAAGUGGAUGAAUUCCUUAACUGUAUUCUAAAAUUUCUCAACGCAUCAUUGAUUAUUACUACAGAUAACUGAGCUUUUAUUACGUUGACUUGGUGCAAAUUUUUGUACAGUACAAAUAAAAAAUGUCAAAUUAUGGUAAGAUCUUGAUACCUGACAAUAAAGAAUGUUUGUCAACUGUG